AGAAGACGCGGUGCCUCGCCAGGGAUAACCGUUUUUCCAUUAGAUAGACAGGGUUACAGCUAAGCGUUCACAGGAAACCCAAAACAUUUCACAACGAACUACUCGGUCUGGAAAUGUCUCACUGGGUCUGCUGCAACUCCUGCUUUCUUUCUCAAAGUCCUGAGCGCAAGCUAGCAGUGACGUCAUGCGGCCACGUGGUCUGUAGCGUCUGCUAUCAGAAAGGCAGCCAUGGCAGGUGUGUAAUAUGCAGCGCCCAGUGCCAGGUGUCCCCCCUCUCUGACAAAAGCAGCCCAGACAUCAAGGACCUGUUUUCUGACCUUGGUGCUGUGGCAACCAGAUAUCUGACAGAGAUCAGCAAAGUCGUCAUAUUUCAGGCUCGACAUCAGAAGAGGCUGAUGGAUUACUACAAACAAAGGAAUAAGAAAGUGGAGGAGUUGUUGGUGAAGACGAAACAAGAAAUGCAGCAGAUGUCAAAGACGCUGAGUGAUCAGAGCGCUUACAUCGCUACGCUGGAGAACGCUCUGCAGCACCGCAGUGAACCCAUGGAUGGAGAUGGGCGGAGCCUCUUCAGGAAACCAAACUCGGUGCCCAGGCCGUCAGUGAAGAAGCCUCAGGAGGGAAGAAUGGGCUCCAUCUCCUGCAGGCCCUACAACCAGAGCCCACUCUCCACCCACUGUGUACAGUCGGCCACGGUCAGCCGCUCCCCUACAACGUCUCCAACUCCAGAGCUGUUCAGUCAGAGUUCAGGGUGGAAGUCCCCCGUCUUCAGGCCGGCGUCCUCCUUCAGACUCUCCAUGUCGUCUCUGAGCUUCUGUCCUUAGAAAACAACCCGGUUCAUGUUUAGGUGCAUGUGUCAUUGUCCUAAUAUGUGUUUCUGUGUCCAAGUUCAGAUGAAAUAAACUGAUAAAAAUG